AUGUCGAUAUACAUCCCUAUUCAAAAGGAUGACCGCCCAGUGCACGACGAGGCAUUGGCUUGCGAAGAGGACUUCCAGAGGCUCUUGGUUGUUGUCAGUAAUAUGAGUGUUCAGGAGAAUCUUAAUCAAGAGAUCAAGGAAUACCAUCAGAAGUUCACCCUGUGGGCUCGUAGGCUCUGUGUCUUUUCUGAUAGUACGGUUUCUUUGGACAGCCGCCUAGAGGACUAUCCCGGUGCAUAUGGCGUGGUAUCGGCGAAUCUUAGCAGCCUAAAGAGUAGUCUUAACCAGUCCUUCUGGUUCAAAACUCCCACUUCACCUGAGGAUGUUGAGUUCCGGUACAAGCGAAAGCCAUUGGCCAGAGCCCUCAAGCGAAUACACAACGCGAUUGACGGACUAUUGGGUCAAGCUGAUAUAAUGCAUGAGUCCGACACAAGCACAUUAGCCGCCAAAGCCGAAACAUUUGGUCUCAAUGUACAUCCUUCUGAAAUCACCAGUUUUGAGAAGGAAACGCUGCAAUUGGUCAACCAGUAUGCUCCUGGAAUUGAGGACACGCUUGCAGAUCGGCUGACAAUGGGAAUCACGUUCCGGAGAAUCCGGCUUCUUUACGAAACAACUCAUAAUCAGAAACUGCAAUCCCGGCCCUAUGUACCGCUCCCGGUGUUCGACCUAUAUGCAGUACUAGAUGCGGCACUAAAUACUCCAGCCGAACCUGAAUCCAACGCAUCACCACUGGACCUCCCCUCAACAGCCGAAGUCGAAGCCACUAUCACUUCUACAACCAAGGAUGGGUCGACUCAUACGAGUGACGACACUCCUAGUGAUAUUGAUGAGACCGAUUCUUCAGGUGAAGAAGACGAUGCCUGUCCGACUUCCUUCGGCCUGGAUUAUGUUUUCCCUCAACCGCCGAGGCUUAUAAAUGGCGAGCAUUCCUGCCGUUGCCCUUGGUGUCCUGAGAUACUCGACGAGACUGAUCUCAACACACCCGGAUGGUGGAGGAAACAUGUCGAAAACGACUUGGAUAUAUACGUCUGCAUCUCCCACGAUUGCUGUAAUCCGACUGUCUACUUCAAAACCUUUUCCGAGUGGUAUAAGCAUAUGAAGAAAGCUCACCGACCUAGCUGGUCCGAAGAGGUCUAUCCACUCAGUUACUUUUGCAACAUGCCCUCGUGUGGCUAUAUCAACUUCACUAACAGGAAUAAUUUCGUUCAACAUAUGAAUGAUUGGCAUUCUCACGAGCUCACGGAUGCUCAAAUGAGCCUGAAGCUUGGGUGGAAUUUUCUAACCCGUCUACGGGGGCCAGACUACUGUCCUAUAUGCAACAGGGACAUUUUCACUGGCCUUAAAGCUGGGUCACAAUAUCUGAAGAAGCCGAAUAAGGGUAAGGAACGGGAGAAUGCCCCCGAGUCACAACAGAGAGUCGAAGUCGAAGACUCUGAAGAGUUGUCAGCCUCUGAUAGCGAUGAAUGCAUAGAGUCCUAUCGGAUUGAUGAUGCAGAAGCUCAACGUCAGGCCAAGCUAGUUUCCGCCAAGCGUCGAAAGCUUGCCAGACAUGUCGGUAGACACCUGGAAGAGUUGGCAUUUCUCUCGAUAAGAGGUCUUGGCCGUGACCCGCGACCCGUAGAGUUCGAAUCCGGGUCCAGUGUCCCAGAAAUUUCGUCCACCGAAUCAGAAUCCGAUACCGAAUCUGAGCUUGGUGAGUCAGGGAAGUCGGACGCUCGCGUCGAGAGGCAGCCACCAGAGGCUGAAAAAGAUCAACCGAUGGAUGACUUGCCGGAGACCCAGGAGUCGCGAAGCGACACCUCCAAUGCUUCUUUUCGAGAGAUUGAAGAUCAGAUGGGAAAUCUAUCGUUUGAUAAACCUGUGUCGGAAAACGAAGACGCGUCGGCCAGUGAACAGUCAACAAGCGAAAUGUGUAUCGGUCAAAGGACGUGGAGGAUACGUCAUGUGCCACGUUCUUGGACUAAGAAAGAAUUGACAGAUGCUCUUCGGCAUCACCCAGAUCUUCAAGUCGCCAACGCCCUCCCAGAAGACGACAACGGUGCAUUUGUGCACACAUUGGCAAAUAUUGGACGGCAUCCGCAUGCCACUGUCCGCUUUCAAAGACUCCCAGAGAAGCUCGCCACGCUCGACAUAUCCGAUGAGUUGAAAAUCAACAUGUCACCUCAUUUUGUUUCCACAAUUGACCAGCAUUUUAAUGGCCACACCAUUGUGUUUUCCUCCCCUAGAUCUUUCCAACCUCCUCACGAAACAAUUGUCAUUGUCUUUGCAGAUUUCGGCAACCAUCCGUUUGAAUCCUUCAUGAACCCGCAAGACGGGCAUAUGUGGCUGAGCGACAGCCUACCACUAGAAAUUCCAACAGCGACCGUCCUGAUCUUUGGCUACAAACGCUUGCAACGUCACAGCUCGAGUUCAUCUGACGUGAAAAAUAUUGCCGCGGAGAUUUUGGAUGAACUUCUCUGGCUUCCCAUAUUCCGCCGCAAACACGACAAAUUCCUCCUUAUUAGUCACGGUCUUGGUGGGCUCUUACUUAGGGGAUUGGAGUUUCGGCUGCAAAGGGUGGUGGGUUUGCACGCGGUGCUGAAGCUAUCUGGAGUCAUUUCUUUUGGGUUCCCUCACAGCGACGAGGACAAGCAACUGCAACAAUCUGACACGGAUAUUCCAAUUCAACUCACCACAUCGGAUGGGUUCUCCCAAGCACUUGCAGAGGCGCGAGAAACGAUGUUCAGAAAAGGCGUCACACCCAGAUGGGAUGACAAAAUGUUUUGCUUCCACCAGGGAUAUGUGUCGCAGACGGCAUCUGAGGUAUGUGUCAAAUAA